CUUCGCAAACCCACCGUGAUGUAAAUAAUUUAAAAUUUGUUUAGAUUCUGAUUUCAGGCAAGUUCAAUUUAGCGAAAAAUCAGUAAUUUUAUCAAAAUGACCACCGUCAACGACCCGGAACUGCAAGCAAAAGUGAAGAAAACCACGGAGAAAAUCUCCGAAAACAUGCACAUCAUCGCGAACGAGCCCAGCCUGGCCUUCUACCGGAUACAGGAGCACGUCCGGAAGGUCAUCCCGCUGAUUGUGGAACGGCGGGGCGAGGUGUACCAGCUGCAGCAGGACCUGCAGGGCAAGUGCUACGACAUGGAGUACGCAAUAGGUGCCGUGAAGGAAAUCGAGGCGGCCGACCAGUCUCUCAAGAACGUUCAGGAAGCGCUGAAGAAUGCCAUCUUUCUGAAGCAACAGCUAAAGUACGUCGAAUCUCGGCGACCGAAGAAAGACUCGAAUAGUUCCGUUUACAAGCGCCUUUCGGCUCACAUCACGCUGGAUUUGCCGGAUCUGGACAUUUCCGGAGUGGUCCGGGAAACGACGAACCGGGUCGAGCAGGCGUUUAUGUCGUCUCAAGCGAGGAACAGCUCUUCGGCGAGUGGCUCGGGAGCGUCGGGAGCUGCCCCGGAGUUGCAGCGGUCGUACACGACGCUGCAUUGAAAUUAGUAGGGAAUUAAUAUUUAUUUUCUGUGAUUUUAUUUUAGUUUUGUAGUUGCUUUGACGAUAAGAUAUCCAAACUACGUAUUUUAAAAGAGUUAAAUACAAAUAUUAAAAUAUUGAGAUUAA